GCCACCAAAUUUUGGAAGGGGUGCAGGGAGACCUUUUAAGGCAAGGAGAAGGGAGAGUGAUGAGAUAGUUGGGAAAAAUGAGAAGAAAAAAGGAACUUCAGCUCCUACAAAAGUGAAGAGGCAACAGAUAAAGGUGAACUGCAACAGAUGUGGUGGAGAAGGCCAUAAUGCAGCCACAUGUUCAUCUAACACUAACCAACCUCCACCAGUACAGAAGAUGCAGAAGAUGCAGGUAAGAAGAAACAGUGGUCCAUCCCUUAGAAACCUAGCAAGUACUGUGAACCCAACUUUGUUUCCACCACUGUCAAAUCAUGAAGAUGAAAGUAUGGCGAUGGAAGAAAUUCCUACACAACAGUCCCAGACACCUUUGAUGGCCACAAUGCAGAGGUCAACUCCUGGACCAUCCAUGUAUGAGCAGUUAGUCAGGGGAAACCCAGUGAAGCCUACAAGAGCCACACAUGGAGUUCAAAUCAGAGGGCCUCCUACAUUUACUGGAGAGAGACCUGUUUUUUCUGUGGGAAGCAGCAUUACAUUAGCUCAUAAAAAGGUUGUAGUUGAUAAGGGGAAAAAGUACUUGGUACUUAACAAAAAAUGUCAUCGCAAUGACAAGUGAAUUUGUGUCUGUUGAACUAGGUUGAUAAUGGACUGUUAGGAAUUUUUUAUUGGCUUGUUAUGGAUAAUAUUAGAACUCUGAACUGCUUAAGGGAUCUUUUGAACUAUGGAUUUGCUUAGAUCUUUUGUACAGGUUGAUAAUGGGCUGAUUUGGUUGGUAGUUUUUGUGGAUUUUGUAAUGGAUUUGUUAUGGUUUUUGAUAUGGG